AUGACUCGGAACAUCACAGUGGCGGAGCCACGUAUAUUUGAAGGUGGGUAUGUGCCUACCCUGAAAUCCGAAUUUUCUUUGUUUUCCGGCACUUUCAGAGACGAAUCACCAACAAGACAGAAAGAAGCCGAUGCUCUUCUAAAGUGGAAGGCCAGUCUUGAUAAUCAGAGUCGGUCUUUCCUCUCUUCUUGGGAUGGAAACGGCCCUUGUAACUGCACUGGGAUCAUUUGUGGCAACUCGACAAGGUCCUUAAAUAGACUUGAUCUCUCUGACAAUAAUUUGGUGGGAUCCCUCCCUCCCUCUAUUGGAAACUUGACCAAAGUAUAUUACCUUUACCUUGGCAGUAAGAACAUUCAUGGGUCAAUUCCGCAAGAGAUGGGAAUAAUGAUAUCACUCACUGACCUUUACUUGUCAGAAGCAAAUCUCUCGGGAUCCGUCCCUGCUUCUAUUGGAAACUUGAAAAAUCUGAUAUAUCUUCACCUUUUCUCCAAUGCACUGUCGGGAUUUGUUCCUUCCAGUAUUGGAAACUUGACCAAUCUCAUUGAAUUGGUACUGGAUCGCAAUGAAUUAAUUUGUCUCAGUGGUUUCAUUCCAGAAGAGAUGAACAAUCUUACAAGUUUGACACAAUUUGAAUUAUCUGAAAACUUCUUGAUUGGCCAUUUACCACAUCAAGUUUGCCUUGGUGGAGUACUUAAAUAUUUUAAUGCAUAUAACAACUAUUUCACGGGUCCAAUUCCCAAGACCUUGAAGAACUGUACCAGCUUAUAUGUAGUUCGGCUUGAACGCAAUAAACUUACUGGGAAUCUAUCUGAAGAUUUAGGCAUAUACCCGAACCUAAACUAUCUUGAUCUGAGAUAUAAUGAAUUGACUGGUGAGAUAUCAUCAAAAUGGGGUCAGUGCCACAAGCUAACAAGCCUAAGGAUCUCUAACAAUAAUAUCACCGGUGAGAUACCCUCAGAACUUGGAAAGGCAGCUCAGCUACAAGCAUGGGACCUCUCUUCAAAUCAUCUAACUGGGGGCAUUCCAAAGGAACUGGGAGAGCUAAAAUUGUUGUUCAACCUCGUGUUGAAUGAUAAUCAUCUUUCAGGCAGUAUUCCUCCACAAUUCGGAUUGCGAUAUGCUCUUGCUAGUCUUAACUUGGGAGCAAACAACUUACCUGGCUCCAUUCCGAAAAGUUUGAGUCAGUGUGAGAAACUCUUGGAACUGAAUUUGAGUGUCAACAGAUUGAGUGGAGGAAUUCCCUUUGAGUUGGAAGGUCCUCUUCCAGACAACAAGGCCUUUCGAGAGGCUUCAUUUCUGGCUUUCCGAAACAACAAAGGCUUGUGCGGAAAUAUCACAGGUUUGGAAGCAUGUUCUUCAAAUUUAAACCAUAAUGUUGAUCGGAAAAUAAAUAGCAAAAUUGUGAUUGCAACUGUAAUCCCUAUUUUGUGCACACUACUACUCGUAUUUGUUGUCUUUGCGAUUCUUUCUUCUUCACAACGAAGAGAGAGGAAGACCGACUACAAGCCAAUGAUGGUAGUAAGUGAUGAUAUGUUUGCAAUUUGCAACUAUGAUGGAAAAGUGAUGUACGAAAACAUAGUUAAUGCAACUGAAGAAUUUGACUCUAAAUACUGCAUUUGA